AUUUUCAUGUCAUUCGAGUAAGAUCUGGAAAAGAAACAUCAUUGCACAGCGGACAAAAAGGAUUUGGGAGUGAUUUUUUUACCAUCCAUCACUCGAACUUUAAGAACGGAGUAGUUGAAAGAGUCCCCAAAUAAAAAAAACCUAACAUCCAAACACCAAGAAAAACAGAAAAAAUACUUAAAUAAAGAAGCUAACAAAAAAUCGGUGAAAAAGGAACUUGUUUAAAAGUUAAGAAGUGUAAAAAGGAGAAGAAAAAGUUUGCAAGACGAUUUUUGUCAGCUUUUUUGAAUUAAAGAAUUUGUAGUAAUACCAACAAAAGCAAGUAAAAAUGGAAGACUCCAAGCUCCAAGAGCAGCAGCAACAACAACAACAACCCCAAGACUCCCCACAAGGUGAUGCUGCUCAACAAAAGCAGCCACCGCCUGCUAAAGAAGUUAUUGCUACUAAAGUAACCGGUACCGUUAAAUGGUUCAACGUUAAGAGUGGUUAUGGUUUUAUUAACCGUGACGACACUAAAGAAGAUGUAUUCGUCCACCAGAGUGCUAUUGUCAAAAAUAAUCCCAAAAAGGCAGUACGUUCGGUGGGUGACGGUGAAGUAGUAGAAUUCGAUGUUGUCAUUGGCGAAAAGGGCAAUGAGGCGGCCAAUGUUACUGGUCCAUCUGGAGAGCCAGUACGUGGUAGUCAAUUUGCUGCCGAUAGACGUCGUAAUCUUCCCUGGAUGAGAAGAAACCGUCGCAAGCAAGGUGGAGGCGGUGGUGGCAACCAACAACAACAACAACAACAGCUACAAGAGGGUCAGGGACAAGCUCAGCAAGGCGGUGACCACCAAGGAGGUCACGAUGGUGAUCAACAAAACCAACCGCAAAGACAGCAACGUAAUUUCAGACGUGGCGGCGGCGGUGGUGGUAUGAGAGGAGGUCGCGGCCGACGCUUUAGAAACUACUAUCCCCGCAACCAGCCCAGACGCCAAGGUGGCGUUGAUGGAGGUAUGGGCGGCGAUGGUGGCCAUGAUCAGAACGCUGACUCUAAUCAAAGGGGCGGCGAUGGUCAAGGUGGCCCAGCCAUGCGUCGCGGUGGUCCACCCAGACGUUUCUUCCGUCGCAAUUUCAAUAAUCGCGGUGGCGGCGGUCCCCGUGGACCACCACGUAAUGACGGUAAUGGACAACAAGGUCCUCCACGUAACAAUCGUCCAAGACGUAAUACCAACAAUAGAAAACCCAACAACAAUGCUGGAGGACAAAAUCAACAACAGCAACAGAAUGUUGGCCAAGAAGUUAAAAAUACCACUACAGAAAGCAGCGCUUAAAAGCAUAAACCUGCAGCAACAGCAGCUACACACCCCCUCCCCAGUUGUGGUAAACAGGUAAUAACAUUUAGUGGUGGUACAGACAACAACAACAACAGUUACCCAUAACAUAACAACAUCUAAAAAUUAAAACAAAACAUAAGCCAACAACAAUUUUAUAUUAAUUUUUUUGUAAAAAAACAUAUUUUUUU